ACCAACAUCCUGAAUGCCUGUUGCUGGACACAUCUUUUCUCUGACUCUCCUCAGCCUUUUGACUCUGGUGUGGAAGAUCGGAACCAACAUGUUAUCAGGAUGCCUCCUGCUCCGAGACUGGAGUUUGAGUUCUCUAUCUCCAUGAGAUGCUUGAACAGUUUGCCUGGGACCUUGCUUUCUGCUCAGCCUGACUCACUUUUGCUUGAGCUGUAGGCGUGGUCCUCUGGCUACACGUGUCUGCUUUUGGAUCGUCCUCUCUCACCCCCGUAAAUCUACACACCCAAGAGGAAUUCUCUUCUGUGGCAAUUCGAGAGGGAACGGCAGGGCCAGACCCUGUGUUCCAGGCCCAGAAUCAGUCAUGGGGGGCCGUGCCAGUGUUACCGACACCAGCGUCUUAUCCGGCCUUGAGGGCAACUCCACGGGUGUUACAGCCUUCUCCAUGCCUGCCUGGCAGCUGGCGCUGUGGGCCACAGCCUACCUGGCCCUGGUGCUGGUGGCUGUAACAGGCAACGCUACAGUCAUCUGGAUCAUUCUGGCCCACGAGAGGAUGCGCACAGUCACCAACUAUUUCAUCAUCAACCUGGCCUUGGCAGACCUCUGCAUGGCAGCCUUCAACGCGACCUUCAACUUCAUCUAUGCCAGUCACAACAUCUGGUACUUCGGCCGCGCCUUCUGCUAUUUCCAGAACCUCUUUCCCGUCACAGCCAUGUUCGUCAGUAUCUACUCAAUGACGGCCAUCGCUGCCGACAGGUACAUGGCCAUCGUCCAUCCCUUCCAGCCACGGCUCUCGGCCCCCAGCACCAAGGCGGUUAUCGCUGGCAUCUGGCUGGUAGCCCUGGCUCUCGCCUCCCCACAAUGCUUCUACUCCACCAUCACUGUGGACCAGGGGGCCACCAAGUGUGUGGUGGCCUGGCCCAACGACAACGGAGGCAAGAUGCUCCUACUGUAUCAUCUGGUGGUGUUUGUCCUCGUCUACUUCCUGCCUCUAGUAGUGAUGUUCGUGGCUUACAGCGUCAUCGGCCUCACACUGUGGAAACGCGCGGUACCCAGACACCAGGCCCAUGGAGCCAAUCUGCGCCAUCUGCAGGCCAAGAAGAAGUUUGUGAAGGCCAUGGUACUGGUGGUGUUGACAUUUGCCAUCUGCUGGCUACCCUACCACCUCUACUUCAUCCUGGGAACCUUCCAAGAGGACAUCUACUACCACAAGUUUAUCCAGCAGGUCUACCUGGCGCUCUUCUGGCUCGCCAUGAGCUCCACCAUGUACAACCCCAUCAUUUAUUGCUGCCUUAACCACAGGUUUCGCUCUGGAUUCCGGCUUGCUUUCCGGUGCUGCCCCUGGGUGACACCAACUGAGGAAGACAGGCUGGAGCUGACCCACACUCCAUCCGUCUCUAGGAGAGUCAACCGGUAUCACACCAAGGAGACUUUGUUUAUGACGGGGGACAUGACCCACUCUGAAGCUACCAAUGGGCAGGUUGGGAGUCCCCAGGAUGGGGAGCCUGCUGGACCCUGAAGUCUUGAGCCUGUCUGUAGGGCCCAGGCUUAGCCCCCUUUGAGAAGCAGCUGAUGGAAAAGCCCUUACAUAAUAGCUUGUCCCACACCCCAUUCUUCAACACACUGAUAGAAAAAAAAAAAAAAAAAACAAGAUGGUGCCCGGAGCUCCACAGGCAGUGCUGAUACAAAGAGCUCGGAGCCCAGACACCCAUCAUAGCAUAGGCGUUCCAGUGAUGGAGGAAAGAGCCAGGAAGACUGGGAACCAACACUUGGCGCAUCUGGGAGCUGCAAAGUGAGAUGUCUCUCUGGAGUAUAGAGAGGGGUGGGGAAACUGGAUCCCAGGGAAGAAAACUGCAGUUGCAAUGAGAAAGGCAGCAGAGGAUGGCCAGAAGGCUCGGUGAGGUGGUGAAACUACUCUCUGACCUAAGUGCAGUUCCUGGAACCCACACGGAAGGAAAGAACCAACUCCUGCAAGCUGUCCUCUGACCUCAAGUGUGUGUAUGCAAGUGUGUGUGCAUGUACACUUGCACAUGUAUGCACACACAUACACAUGUGCACACAUAUACAAUGUUAAAAGGAAAGACAGCAAUAGUUCUAAUGUUAGGCUCACAGGAAAAGGUGGGGACUGUGGCAGCCUGCCGAGGACCAGCGCCUAAGGGAAACCCAGCUGCUUCACUCUGGAACACAGUUGUCAGGUUUUUCGAAUAAAGCCUGAGAUC